CACUGACUUCGCUGUGGUAUGGUUGUCAUUUCGUCCGUCUAUCGAAUAACGUGAUAGAUGUAUGGAGAAUAAUUAACAUUACUGCAGCAAGUCAUACUCUCUUACUACAAUAUCGAAAACGAUCGUCGUGAAUAAGCUAACGAACGAAAAGACCCUAAAUUUCCGCUUCGACACACCGCCAUGAUCGAUGUGGGAAACAAAGAUGGCGGAAUAAUACGGUGAUCAUAACCAAUCGUCGUGAACUUUGGUAGUUAUGUACUGUAGUGGGCGGAGGUCGCAGCGGUGUCGCGGAGUCUGAGCGAGCAGCAGCGCCAUGGCCCGGCCGGGGUGAUGCCGCCGCGGCCAGCGGCCGGCCGCGCGGCUAUGGCGGCAGCCGAUGAUCGUCCGCCGCUCGCUCUGUUUACCGCCGUCUAUGACUACAUAGCCCAGGGAGAGGACGAGCUCUCUCUACGCCGAGGCGAGAUCGUCGAGGUUCUGUCCAAGGACGCCAACAUCUCCGGAGAUGAGGGCUGGUGGACGGGUAAGAUCGGUGAUCGCGUCGGCAUCUUCCCAGCCUCGUAUGUCACCGAGGACGAUCCGUUGGCCGUCUCCUCGGUGAUAGGGGACGUCGACCCUCCCCGCGUCUCCUUCUCGGAGCUGAAACUCGAGGAGGUGAUCGGAGUGGGCGGUUUCGGUAAAGUGUAUCGUGGCUAUUGGAACGACGAGGUAGUGGCAGUGAAGGCGGCGCGGCAAGACGCAAACGAGGAUAUAGAAGUGAUUAAAGAGAGUGUGUUACAGGAAGCUAAACUGUUUUGGAUGUUACAACAUGAUAAUAUCGUGUCGUUGAAAGGAGUGUGCUUAGAAGAGCCUAAUUUGUGUUUGGUGAUGGAGUACGCUCGCGGAGGGCCAUUGAACAGAGUGCUAUCGGGACGGAAGAUCCGGCCAGGUAUCUUGGUGGACUGGGCGAUACAGGUGGCACGCGGGAUGGCCUACCUGCACGUAGACGCACCAAUAUCACUCAUCCACCGGGACUUGAAGAGCUCUAAUGUACUGCUUAGCGAGGCCAUUCUCUCUGACGACACUCUGGAGGAGAAGACUCUCAAAAUAACAGAUUUCGGCCUGGCCCGGGAGGUGUACAAAACUACCCGCAUGUCAGCGGCCGGGACAUACGCCUGGAUGCCGCCUGAGGUGAUAAAAAAUUCCACAUUCUCCCAUGCAUCAGACGUGUGGUCCUAUGGUGUCCUCCUAUGGGAGCUUCUCACUGGAGAAACUCCCUACAAAGGGAUCGACGCUCUGGCGGUGGCUUAUGGUGUAGCUGUGAACAAAUUAACAUUGCCCAUACCCAGCACCUGCCCUGAACCAUGGAGAGUGCUCAUGGAAGCCUGUUGGCGCUCAAAUCCCCGGGAGCGUCCCUUAUUUCCUGAAAUCCUUGACCAAUUGGAACACAUCAGACAGUCGGAAUUCACGAGGGCGCCGCACGAAUCCUUCCACACUAUGCAGGAUGGUUGGAGGCUGGAAAUCGAGGAGGUCCUGAGAGAUCUACGGAGAAAGGAAAAGGAACUUCGUUGUAGAGAGGAGGAGCUAACCAGAGCUCAGCUUCAGCAGCGGUUGAUGGAACAGAAUCUUGCGCAGAAAGAGAGGGAAUUGGAGAUGAGGGAAAUAGACCUGGCCGCCAGGGAAUUACACAUACUGAUAGUGGCCAGUAACAUGUCGCAUACACAACCGCCGCAGCCCAACAAGAGAAAGGGCAAAUUUCACAAGAUGAAGUUACUGAAAAAGGACACGAUCUCAUCUCCACUGGACUUUAGGCACACGUUAACAGUUCGGCAGUCGGACGACGAGUCGAGUGUUAAACAACUUGUGGCAGUCGCCAAGGACACGCCGCCAGGGUCGCCAGCCAUUAUGAGACCCAUCGUUUUGCCAGCGGACGGAGUGAAAGGGAAAACUUGGGGUCCAUCGACGGGUCACCAACGGGCUCGAGCACAUCUACCGCUGCCGGCGCUCAGACCUCGCGCCCACCGACCAUCCACAUCUGCCCCGCAUCUACCACCGCACGCACCUCGCGCGCCUCAUCCAGGUUGUUUUCUCCCUUACGCAGACUUCAGCCCGGACGACUGGGGCCCGGAGUUUCCUUUGAGUACCUCUUCUAGACACACUAUACCGAUGCCGACACUAUACAGCACUGAAGGAUACAAAUACAAGAAACCUAGUAUAAUUGAACUAGUUUUAUACAAUAUGGCAGCUCUCCUGGGCGGUGUGGCCGCCGGGUACGAUGUAAGAGUGUCGAACGUCAGUCCAUUACAUCCCACGCUACAACCGCAUAAGCCGGAAUUAGAGACGGAAGUCAUAGGCACCUCGAUCUACGAAGGCUUCGGCUUCGCCCACAACACGUACCACGGACCCACGAGACAUUUGCGGGCGCCACUUAACGCUAUCACCGGCUCACCGAUAUCUAGUCUUCAAGCGGAGGAGCAGAAGCCGAUCCGGUUUACGGACUCCCCUACGCACUACGCUCAUCCGUCGUCAUCGUCAGGGUACGCGCACUCCGCGCAGCCUCUCUCCGGGACCUCGGGCCUGGGCACCAACUACACCUCCACUCAACCCACGCCCUCGCCGCGCAGGACCUCCUCCACCACCUCCGACCACCUCGCAGACCUCUACCACAACUACAGGGAGAACUUCCAGCCGUCGUCCGCAUCGCAGGAACGCAUACAGGACUACUACUACCGCGCAGAGCCGUACGCGUACGAUAGGACCGCGGACUACGUCGUGAAGCACCCCUACUACGGAUACGACGAGUGCUCCUUCGAGUACAGAGACUCGCCGGAGUUCCGCCCGCCCUACCUCGCACACAGACGGACACCUUCCAACUCCUCGGCGACGAACUCCCAUCCUGAGGAGUUCUCCCCUUCCAGACAGUACCGGGAGAAAUACCCCAAGGACAGGAGGGACGAGUACCGGACCCCGCAGAAGGAGUACCCGAGGAAGUCCAGCGACUACUCGCUCCCGCGGGACUACUACCGACCGGAACCGGAGACGGAACGGCCCGCCAUCCUCGGCUUGGAGCCGACGAAGCUUCGGUCCAGUCUGAAGAAGUACAAGAAGGGCUCGAGCAGCUCCGGCGGGGGUUCCCCCAACCCCACGCCGCCGGACAGCCUGAGCGAGACCGACAGCUCGUACGCCUCGGCCCGCGAGUCGGCCGGCUCCGCGCGCGUUAGGUUCAGUCCGGACGCGCGGCGCUCGUAGCCACGCGCCGCCUUCAGACACUACCUCGUGUGAUGCACAGUGCGAACUCGGCCUUACAGCGCCCUCUGUUACGUGACGGAUCGGUCGACAUAAACUUGUGUUCAUAUUUAUGUAGUAUUUGUAUAUUUGUAAAAUGCGGCGACUCGGAUGUAAUAGUUCUAAUGGACCUAUCUGUAAUCUGCUCGCGAGGUAUUAACUUGUUAGCUGUAAUCGCGACGUAUUGGACUGUAGUGUAAAAUAUAUAUAACGCAAUAGAGCGACUGUGACGUCUUAUUGAGAUUAAACUGUAGACUCGUUUUAAUGGAUUUCUUUAGAGUGGUUAUUCAGGGUGUUUCGUGUAGAGUCGGCGACGUAGGCACAAAGUAAAUACCUGUACAAAUGUAAAUAUGCACGACCUGUAUAAGCUUUUUUAUUUAACUGGCAUUUAUUUUUGAUAUAGUGAUUACUUUUUUUUUUUGUUUUUUUACAUUCUGUUGACAUAUAAAUAGUACAAAUGUGUUUUAAGGUGUUCUAAUAAGUAAGAAGUCGACAACGUUCUGUGUAUAUUUGAAUUAACAAUAUGUAAAUCGUAUUAAUUAAAUUGUAUGCAUUUUGUACAAAAAUAUAAAAAAAAUGAGAUAUUUUUACAGAAUAUCGUGUAACUGUAGUCAGUAGGCAGCUUUUAUAUCAGCCGGAGCGUCGGACCUUGUGACUAGUCCUCUUCAUAUAUCUGAGAAUUGUUGCAUAUCCAGGUUAACUGAUAUUACGCUUUAUGUACUCGGAACUAAAAUAUUUAUAUCCCGGAGCCGACCUCUCCGAGCGGGAGGCGGCGAGGGCGGAAUUAUAAUAAGGGGUAUAUCGAAAUUAAUAUUAGCUUUGAUAUUAUUAGCGAAACCAGUGCCUAAAGUCUGAAGGAACGGUUUUAAGACAUUUUGUAUGAGAUGUGGUUUUUGAAUGUAUUGAUCACCGGGUUGUAGGCCAGGCCAGUACGCGCUGUAUGCUGCAUGUGUUCGUUUUCUCAACGUGCAAUAACUUGUAAUUUUUUGCGUCCAUUCUUUUUAUUAUUAUUGUAUUUAUCAUUUAUUAUCGGUCGUCGUGAAUGUAUCUUCCUAUCGUCCUAUACAGUAUCGGUGUUAGGAAUCUUUCGAGGAACUGGGGACCGACUCGUUCGAGCCGUGACAGCUUCCUGUAUAUACAAUUCACGGCGCAAGUACUUAAAACCUCUAGUCUUGAAUAUUUUUAUUUAUUUUAUCGGGACACGCGUCUGUCUGCGGAUGAUUCGGCAUUCCAUUGUUUUGUAUGAACCGGUACAUUCCAUGUCGCUUCUGGUCGUGAUAUUAUGCUCAGUGGAUGGUUUAUAGAUGGUUCUGUGUGCCAACAGCGGGGUUCGGAUGAUGCCUUAAGUAUGUACGUUAAACCGACAAAUAAAAAAUAGAUUAAGCUUUUUACAA